CUUUUUUUUUCAUAUUAUAAAUCAUGUUGAGAAAAGUCUUACAGCGUUCUUUGACAAGACCUCUUGCCAAGUCUGCUUUACCUGUCUCUAGUAGACUCUUUUCUAUUCAUGCUAGACAACAACAACAAGAAGCUUCAGUGGCUACAGAAACGAUUUCACCUUCUUCUGAUUCUUUAGGAUUUGAAUCAAAGGCUAUCAAGGAAUUUGGUAGACCUAUCUAUCUUGAUAUGCAAGCUACAAGUCCUACAGAUCCUCGAGUGUUGGAUGCCAUGCUUCCUUACAUGACUGAGUUGUAUGGUAAUCCUCAUUCUAGAACACAUCAAUACGGUUGGGAAACUGAAAAAGCUGUUGAACAAGCUCGUGAGUACGUUGCCAAAUUAAUCAAUGCCGACCCCAAAGAAAUUAUCUUCACUUCGGGUGCUACAGAAUCAAACAACAUCAGUAUCAAGGGUGUUGCCAAGUUCUACAAGAACAAGAAGAAGCACAUUAUUACUACACAAAUUGAACAUAAAUGUGUAUUGGAAUCAUGUCGAUCUUUACAAGAAGAAGGAUUCGAAGUCACUUAUCUCCCUGUUCAAAGUAAUGGUCGUAUUGAUCUUAAGCAAUUGGAAGAAGCCAUUCGUCCUGAUACCUCAGUUGUUUCUAUCAUGGCUAUCAAUAACGAAAUUGGUGUGAUGCAACCCAUUGAUGAAAUCGGUAAACUCUGUCGAUCUAAAAAAGUAUUUUUCCAUACAGAUGCUGCACAAGCAGUGGGUAAAGUGCCUUUGGACGUCAAUGCUAUGAAUAUUGACUUGAUGAGUAUUUCUGGUCAUAAAUUGUAUGGUCCCAAGGGUGUGGGUGCUGUCUAUGUCCGUAGAAGACCUCGUGUUCGUUUGGAAGCUGUUCAAAGUGGUGGUGGUCAAGAAAGAGGUAUUCGAAGUGGUACAGUGCCUCAUCCUUUAGUGGUUGGUCUAGGUGAAGCUUGUAAAAUCGCAAUGGAAGAAAUGGAGUACGAUCAUGCUCGUAUUGCUAAACUUUCAAAGCGUUUAAUUGAUGGCAUUCAAUCCAAGAUUGAACAGGUCCAUCGUAACGGUGACCCUGUCCACAACUAUCCUGGCUGUGUCAAUCUUUCGUUUGCCUAUGUCGAAGGUGAAUCUCUGUUGAUGGCCUUGAAGGAUAUUGCUUUAUCUUCUGGUUCUGCUUGUACUUCUGCUUCUCUUGAACCUUCUUAUGUUUUGCGUGCUUUAGGUGCUGAUGAUGAAAUGGCACAUAGUUCAAUUCGUUUUGGUAUUGGUCGAUUCACUACGGAUGAAGAAGUUGAAUUUGUGAUCCAAAAGGUCUGUCAACAUGUUGACAAGUUAAGAGACAUGUCUCCUUUAUGGGAAAUGGUUCAAGAAGGUAUUGAUUUGAAGUCUAUUCAAUGGGCUCAACAUUAAUAUAUAUGUAUGUAUGUAUGUAUGUAUUUGCUUGUGUAUAAUUAGAAUAAAAAAGAAAGAAAAAAAAAAGAUAUCAUUAUCA